AUGACGGUCAAUGUGGGCGGCGAGCGCUUCGUGCUGCUGGCUGGGCUAUCGUGCACGUGCAGCUCUAGCGACCAAUCAGAACGCGAGCUGCGUGUGAUAACUCAGCUGUGCGGUGAGUCAUCUGACAGCUGCUGUAGAAUAGAUGCACUUAUUGAAUCGGUGCCCAUUCAGACGGCCAGUUACAUCAACACAAGCUGCAUUCAGUUUACAGAUGCUGCCAGUCAAUUUUGGAACACGGUUGAAUUGAUUGAUGCCCUUUUGAAUGGGCAUAUUGUGCAGGUGCAUUAUUCUGGGGUCAGGGACUGGGUGCAGUGUUUGCCAGCUGUUGCAAGGACAGGUGUUUUGAUGUCUGCACAGCGAUUGUCUCUCUGGUCAUGUCUGCAAACUGCCCUGAGCUACGGGGUUCUCAUGCUGGCUGCUCUGUCGGAUGUAACCACAGGUCAAAAUUGCUCUCACCCAGUCGUACCAGAGCAUGUAGGUUUCCACUGUGAUCCCUCUCCUUGUCGUGGUUUCCCUCAAAAGAGCAUGAUUCGCUUCUUCUGCGAGCCGGGAUACACUCUAUCCUCCCGCCACCAUCGGUCUAGGUGUCUUCAUGGGCAAUGGCGACCAAGCAUUCCAACCUGUUUACCCCGACCAGAGGGCCAUGCUGAACGUCACGAGAAGACAGUCAACUCUAUCCCAAGUGUGGCAACGACUGCUAUUGGAGUGUCCAUCUUCCUUCUUACCACAACAGCCUGUCUGGUUAUCAAAUCCCGUCUAUUCACCUGUUAUACACAAAGGCGAUCAUCGGAUCAGUUGGACCUAAUGGUUGAUGGCUUACCUGUGUCUCUUCCCACAUAUGAGGAGGCAAUCUACAGCAGUUGGGGCCAGCGGCUCCCGCCCUUCCGUGGACCCACUCAGCUCCUACUGGCCCAGGACGCAUCAGAGCACAGUCCGUUUACAUCCCUAAUGCACUCGGAUUCCAGUCGUUGCACCGAUACAGCCAGUCAAAGCACAGAAGCUCUGCCACCACCUUACGAAGAGGUCCAAUCACAAUCAAGAGACCAUACAACUGACAGUGAUGAGCGGUCCUUGCAAAGUGCACUUUCUGUUGAUAAAUGCAACUAAUAACUGGACUUUAAUUAACCCUUUGACUUUUGAUUGUUCAUUUCCUUGCACAGGGGUCUUUGUGACCUAUUUUUGCCUUCGAUCAUGGAUUAUCCCAAGGUGUAAAGAAUUUAAGAGGUCAUUGUUUGAGUUUGAAGUUUGAGUGAAAUUCUGCAACUGAAAGGGUGUCUAAAUGACCUUAUUAGUCUGGCAUGGCUAUAGUUUUUCGAGGUAAAGUGCUGCAAUAUUGAUUAUGUUGAUGUUUUCAGUGAUAAGCUGGAGACAUAGCUAUUAACUCCCCUCAGUGAGGGGAAUUAGAUCAUGAUGUUCAAGGGGACUUAUAUGAUUGGUUGACUUAUUCAAUGAUGUAGGUAUUACAUUAGGGGAUGAGAGCUAUAUAGUCACUUUAUAGCCUUUUAAUUUUAAUGAGAAAAUCUUUGAAGAUGAAAUGCUGUGUAGGUAACUCAUUGGGGGUGUAAACCUCUUCCAAGAAUUCUUCAUAUCACCUUGAGCAGGUUAUGAUUAAUAAAACGGUCUAGUUGUUUAUGCUCAGCCCUUUACCCAAUCCAAUGUUUUGCUGAGGAUUUAGAUUGCAUGGAUGUGUUCACCAUGGCAAGUAGCCAAACUAAAAUUGUGCCUAUUGACCAAUAGUAUAUAUGAUUUUAAACUUAAAAGGGAUCGUUCACCCAAAAAUGAAAUUCAGUUAUCAUUUACCAUAUUUUGUUCCAAACCUGUUUCUGGAUGAACUAUCUCUUUAACAUGUAGAACAGGGGAUUAGACUUGAAGCAAACUUGCUCAGUGGACAUUGAAUGUGUUUUUGUGUAUUUGUUUGUACUUUACUUUUCCAGAUGAAAACUAUCUAUCAUUUUAUAUGUAACAUUUACAUUCUUACAUCAUGUUUGUGCACAUAAAAUAAAUAAUGCUAAACAUUUUUAAAACUUUAUGAAUGACAUAUUUGCUAUUAAAACUCAUUUAAAAUCUGCACCCUUUAACCCAUUUACAAUUGUUGUUUUUUGUUUUGUUUUUUUCCCUGAGCUGGUCACACAUAGGCUUAUAUUCUUUGAGGUUAUCACAGGUUGAUCCCUUCUAAAACCAGUCAGACUGUCAACAAAUGUGGAUUAGAGAGGUCAAUGUGUGCUCUAAUACAGUAUCAUGCUUGUUAAAAUUUGUUUUCACACAAGUUUGAGCAGACAGAUCAAUGCUAGAUUAGAAGCCAUGAUCCAUAAGAGGAUAUCAUGAGCUCGGAAUUUUUUUUAUAGAUGAAAUGGAGAACAUGACGCCUACACACUUACAUUUGACCUACAUACACUCUGUGAAUAGGCUUGCUUUGUGCUUCUUUUUUUUUCCAUUGAUAAUGGAUCAUGUAAUGAUAAAAUGGUUUCUUGAUUUAGCACUAAAAGUGUUUGAAGACCUCAUGAAAUCACUUGAGAUAUGUUGAUUAAGACAAUAUUGAUUAUGUUGAUUUUUUCAGUGAUAAUUCUGAGAUAUAGCUAUAAACUCCCUCUGCAGUGAAGGGAAUUAGAUCAUGAGCUUGACAUACGCAGUUUUAUGUCUUGUGUUGGCAUUCCUAUUUAAAAAUGUUGGGGUGGGAUAUAUUGAAGGGAUUGUCCCCUUUUUUGCAAAUGACUGUAGCUAAGUUGCAUUCGUUACUUCAUAGCCAUAAAACAUGACUUGUUCAGGCUGGUUAGUUACUGGGGGAGGGAUAUUCUUAUUCUAGAGAGCAUGUGAUUGGACAAAAAUCUGUGUAGUGCAACAUGAGUCAUCAG